AUGGGCUACGACACGGCAUCCUUGGUCCCAUCUGACCAGGCCUUCUACGGCAUCAUUCCUGGAGCCGCGUCGACUCGGGUCGGCCGGGCCACCCUGCCAGUCACCUUCGGCGCACGCGACAACUACCGUACAGAGUACGUCAACUUCGAGGUCGCCGAGUUCGAGACUUCCUACCGCACCAUCCUGGGAAGACCCUCCCCCGCCAAGUUCAUGGCAAUCCCCAACCACACGUAUCUUCUUCUAAAGAUGCCAGCUCCAAAGGUGGUCCUCUCGGUCUAUGGAGAUCUUCAGACCUCCUACGCGUGUGAGGCCAAAAAUAUCGAGCUCUCCGACACCCUGGAACGAUCCAAGAACACGGUUCUUGUUGCUCAGGAAGCAAAGAACCUCCCGGCGGAUCAGCAGCAAAUUUCCACCAAGGAGUCGACUUCCGAGUCGCAGCUCACGCCAGCCGUGGCGACCAAGACCAUCGUCCUCCGGGACAAUGAACCGCACAAGACCGUCGUGAUCGGGGCCAGCCUCGACUCGGCGUAG